AUGCUAGUUUUAUACGAUUUGAAAGGGAUCUUUUGAUUACCUGCUUCUAUUGACUCACUUGCUAUAGACCCCGCGUAGGUUUAAUCCGGCACUGUAGACGAUGAGUCCAAACAAAGUUGCUUCACUAUUGAUAAAAACGGGAAACCCCCGUAGAUAGGGGCCUGAAAACGACAAUCAAACUGUACACAUACUUAUGUAUAUAAGAACUUUGCUCGAAAGCAAAUAAAUGAUAAACAUUACCAAUGUGUUGAGUUCUCACUUGUUAGCUAUAAAGUAUAACCCGAAUAGCACCCGAGUUGCCGAGUUGCCAAAGCGUUAAUACUGAGUCAGUUCCACGCUAUUCUCGGAGACGAGCAUACCUUAAUCGGAAUUGUCUAAAUCUGCUAAUAAAUAUUUGCAAUUUUUAAAGCACCUGACUCUUUUUUGUGAUUAUUAAUAAAUUUGUGCAAAAUUUGUUUACAAAAUGAAUGAAUCCGAAUUAUCGAAACUUGAUAACUACUCGUUGUUCGAAAUAUUCGAACAAAUUAAAUCCAAUUGUGAAAGGGAAAAUCCAAACAGCGCUAAUGUCAUCAAAUAUGCGGAUCUGUAUCAAUUUAUAACGACAUUUGAUUGGAUUUGUCGGCAGUUCUUUUAUUGGAAUGAGGAUCUAUAUAACACACUUGCAAUUGCCCAAUACAAGCCUCCAAAUUCAACUAUUAAUUUGGGAGAAAUUUAUUGCAAAUUGCAGAGACUGACACAAGUGCAACAAGAAGAAUUUUUUAAAUUAUCCAUUAAUGAUAUAGUUGAAAACUCACAGAUAAUGGAAGUCUCUAUAAUAUAUACAACAGAUACAUACAAUACGAAUCAUUUGGAAUUUUUUGAACAGAUUAUGAACUUACUUUCAAAGAAACGCUAUUUGAAAUAUCUGGAAAUAGAUAUGAAAGAAUAUACUCUGCCAAAUUUACCACAAUUUUACAAUCUCAAAAAACUGACUUUGAAUGUGAAAAUAAAUGCUGAAGAAUUGAUCGAGUAUUGUAUAUCCAAUCCAAAUUUAGAGUGCCUGACUAUCAAGAAUAAUGAAAUGUAUGGUAGAUUGGCCGACAUUGCUCUAGAUGGCAAAUGCCUGCAAAAUUUGAAUACAUUGAAUUUUCUUAUGAAACCAGAUAUCGAUGCUGCAGAAUAUGCUCCUUUGGCAGGAUUACCAAAGCUACAGGAGUUAACCAUACGUGGAAAACAUAAAGCUGAAUCGCUGACCCAUCUCUUCAGCCGUUUGGCUGAAAAAAGCUUACUACGUAGUCUAUCUAUAGAGGAUGCCGACCUGAGUGAUGCAGAGAUUAAGCUCAUCUCACUGAUACAUUCCUUGUCAAACGUAGAAUGUGGUGUCAUCGAACCAGAAAGUAUUGGCCAUCUGAAACAGUUAAAUAAACUUUAUUCUAUCAGAAUAACAUCAAAAUAUAAUAUUCCAAAUAUAUUAUCAGAAAUAUGGAAGUUGCUAAAGUCUAUUCAACAUACAAUAAUAAUAUAUUUCCAGUCUGUAAUAAUUAACUACCUGCAGUAUAAAGAACGAUUGAAUCGAUUAGAUAUCAAAUGCAGCAUGUUGUAUUCAGAUGUUCAAUUGAAUUUAAACGAUAUUCCGCAAAUGGAGUAUUUUUUAAGAUAUUUUCCGAACACGGAGAUUACUUUAAAACAAUAUCCAACGAACUGGCCAAGAGACUGGAACUCACUUUUGCCAAAAUAAUUUUACAUGUUCCAAACUCUUUUACUGUGUCUCAACUCAACCUUUAAAUAACCUUCUAAGCAUCACUUUGCCCCUUUCUAUUUUGCUAUUCUCCAUUUAAGCCAAGCGGUUUUUUGCAUAGUAUAUAACUUCUGUUCUAUUCGUCCGAUCUUAUUCAAAUUUUGGGAUAUUGUAUUUCACAAACUCUCUCGUUACUGAAUUUCAUGAAGAUAGUCUAACUCAAUCACCGAUUUUUUUAAAGCACUAAUUGAUAUAGUGGUCUGAUCUGGAAGAUUUUCAUAACAUAUCUCACAUGUUAUCUUACUUAAGUUUGUUUAUGAACUACGAAUGAAAAUAAAUUGAAUUUACCGUCGAAUGAUACACGUUUUAUAAAAAUCCAAUAAAAAGUAUAUAGUUUUCAAUGCGUUACAAAUAUGUGACUAAUUUUAAAAUAACCUCUGUACCCUUAAAAAUAAAGUAACCUCGAUGAAGUUAUAAAAAGGUGUCGUUUGUACCGGAUAUAAAUACAUUUACAAAAAAUCAAAUUAUUAAAGCUAAUA